UCUUGGGGGCGGUGGGAAUUCCACGCUUGAUUUUACAGAGUUGUGUUGAAAAAUGACUGCUUUUUGGUGUUGGAAAAUGACCGAAUCUUGGUGUUGGAAAAUGACCGUUUCUUGGUGUUGGAAAAAGACCGGCAUCCCUAGCGGGUCCAUGUAACCGAAAGGGGUCGAAAAACGACAGGAUACGACAAGCAAUCUUUCCAAAUCGCUAUGUUCAGGCCGGUGAUGCGGCACAGGCGCGGCACUUGCUGGUCAGGGCGAAGCCCUUGCCAACACCUUCUUCGCUUGUUUUUAGUAUGUCGUGGCUCCCGCCAGCCGGGGUCCAACCCAGCUUAAAUUGCACGCAAGGAUGAGCUGAAGGAGGGCGCUCAGAAAACGGUGGAAGCGCAGGGCCCAGAGGGGCAGAGCCCAGCUCAGAGCCAGAGCCAGGCAACAUCUCAAGCUUCGAGAGAUUCUAGAGAGCGUCUGGCAAAAGAUGCCAGAAUGAUGAGCGAUCUAGGGCUGACUGAAGACGGCUCUGAGGACGAGGCCAAAAAAGCCAAGGACCGGUCAGCUCUACACCCGUCGUCUAUGCUGGGAAAGCAGGCGCCAAAGCGGAGCAAUCCUUUGUCCCGAGGCAGAGGUUCCGGAAUCAUUCAGGCUGGAGACAGCUUUGUCGGACCUGGAGCUGGCAUUUCAAGCCUGUCGAACCUUUCCGGCACAGGGUCGAAGCCGCAGAUCUCCGAUUUAAACAAAGGUCUUACUCAGGUCCCGUCGCUGUCAAAGUUGAAAGCAGCCCGCCCAAAGUCGUCGCAUCAGCUAUUUGGAGGUCCAAUCGAUUGGGGCCAGAAAGAAGACUUUCGCUAGCGAGAUAGCUGCAGGCUUGAAGCCACCUGCAUUGCGCUGUUCAGACAUGCAGGGGUUGAGGUUAAGAUCCAGUACCAACAACUAUCAGCAGCAUACCGUGGGUAGUGUGAAAGCGGGCAAGCCAGAUUUUGCGACUUCGGUAUUAACAUGGUUAAUUGGUCCUCACCCUGUAUGUUGCGUGG